CCGCGCGAACGCGCGCAACCGCCGGCUCGACGCAUCCAGUGCUACUUGUAUGCACCACCAUGGCCGGGGACCCACCCGCAGCCUCUCUCUCUCUCUUCCUCCAGACCGACGCACGUACACCAUCAAGCGAUCCAGCCACCAUGCAGGCGGUGAGGCCGGCGGCGGAGGAGCAGACGGAGGCGGAGGCGCAGGAGGUGAGGGAGGUGGUGAGGGCGGCGCAGGAGGAGGCGCCGGUGGAGAAGGAGGUGGCGAUGGUGGGGGAGCAGAAGGCCGCCGAGGCCGAGGCCGACGAGGAAGUGGAGGCAGAGACGGAGAUCGAGGCCGAGGCCGGAGCGUCAGCCAAGAAGAACCGAAUCCAGGUGUCCACCAACAAGAAGCCGCUCUACUUCUACGUCAACCUCGCCAAGAGGUACAUGCAGAACUACGACGAGGUUGAACUCUCUGCUCUGGGGAUGGCCAUUGGCACCGUUGUGACUGUGUCGGAGAUCCUCAAGAACAAUGGUUUGGCCACUGAGAAGAAAAUCCUGACAUCAACGAUCGGCACCAAAGAUGAGUCGAAGGGGCGACUAGUCCGUAAAGCCAAGAUUGAGAUCCUGCUGUGUAAAUCAGAGAACUUCAACAGCAUCAUGUCCAGCAAAAAAUCACCCAAGUCUGCCGACGACGAGAUCAAGGUCUGAUCAUGUCCGGAAGAGGUCCACACACCCCAUGCUUGUGACAGUGAGACGCAGCACGAGAUCUGAUUCAGUAGUAGUUAGGGUACCUUAGUCUUUCUUAAGGAGGGAUGGAUCAUAUCUUUUUCAGUGCAUCCCAGAAAGAUGUGUUCCCCGUCUCCACUUAAUCACUGCUCUAGUGUUCCAGCUGAAACCUGCAAAAAAUGCAACACCUUGCAAUGCAACUAGGCGCGUCCGUAUGAGAUGAUGAUGAAAUGUAUUUAGAAUUCCGAUCUUCAAAGUCUGGGGAUAGUAUUCUUAAGAGCACCUUAACUUUUAGUUUGCUGUAACUUUUGCUUAUGUAAUGAGGCAUUUGCACAUGCAGAUCGGUACUAUGAUCAACGGGUGUAAUGUUUUCAAAACCGUAGUUGCAAAUGCUGGUUUA